GAGCGAAGGGCCGCUAGGAACCCGGCGGGCAGGAGGGGACGAGGGACCAGGCCCAGAAAGACGGUUUCCAAGGGCUCAGAGGAGUGUCUAGUGCCCCCUCUUAGAAACCGCCAUUGGCCGCUGCUGCUAGAAGCUCAGCUGAGGAUGAUUGGGCUGGAGCUGCUCUGCAAGGUCUGUGCCCUCGCCCUCUUCGCCAGCACCGCUGCCAGCGACCCCUCGGAGGAGCAGGAAGCUGUGCGUUACCUGCUGCAGUUCGGGUAUUUGCAGAAGCCGCUGGAGAGGCUGACGGACGAGUUCACCGAGGCCGAGCUCACUGAGGCCAUGAGGUCUUUCCAGCUGGCCUCCGAGCUGCCCGCCACCGGCCUCCUCGAUGAUGCCACCCUGGAGCAGAUGAGGCAGCCGCGCUGCGGGGUCGAGGACCCCUUCAACCAGAAAACCCUCAAGUACCUGCUGCUGGGCCGCUGGCGCAGGAAGAACCUGACCUACCGGAUCUACCGCUACACACCCGACAUGGGGGCCAGCGCUACCCGCGAGGCCAUCCAGGCCGCCUUCGAGUACUGGAGCGACGUGGCCCCGCUGACCUUCCGGGAGGUGCGGCACGGCCCGGCCGACAUCCGCAUCUCCUUCCACGGCGCCACCUCCUGGACCUGCUCCCGCCCCUUCGACGGACCUGGGAAGGUGCUGGCUCACGCCGACGUCCCCGAGGAGGGCACGGUGCACUUCGACGAGGACGAGCUGUGGACGGAGGGGACGUACCGUGGCGUCAACCUGCGCAUCAUUGCGGCCCACGAGAUCGGGCACGCCCUGGGCCUGGGCCACUCCCGCUACCCCGCGGCCCUCAUGGCCCCCGUCUACGGCGGCUACCGGCCCCACUUCCGCCUGCACUUCGAUGACAUCGACGGCAUCCGGGCCCUGUACGGCAAAAAGACUCCCCCAGUGAUGCCGUCCGGGACCCUCCCGCCUACCACCUCCAGCCUGCCGCCCACCAAGGUGCCCGACCCCUGUGCCGACAGCUUAGACGCCCUGAUGUUCGGCCCGUAUGAGCAGACCUACGCCUUCAGGGGGGGCUAUGUCUGGACCGUGACAGAUUUCGGGACCGGCCCCCUGAAGGAGAUCCCGGCCCUGUGGAAGGGGCUCCCGGGGCGGCUGGAUGCAGCCGUGCACUCGCCACGCACCGGCAGGAGCUACUUCUUCAAAG